GCCAUGAGCCACCACCCGUCGGGCCUGCGGGCCGGCCUCAGCUCCACCUCGUACCGCCGCACCUUCGGGCCACCGCCCUCCCUGUCCCCCGGGGCCUUCUCCUACAGCAGCUCCCGCUUCUCCGGCGGCCGCCUGCUGGGCUCGGCAUCCGCGAGCUCCUCGUCGGUGCGCCUAGGCAGCUUCCGCGGGCCCCGGGCGGGCGCGGGCGCCCUACUGCGCCUGCCCUCGGAGCGCCUCGACUUCUCCAUGGCUGAGGCCCUCAACCAGGAGUUCCUGGCCACGCGCAGCAACGAGAAGCAGGAGCUGCAGGAGCUCAACGAUCGCUUCGCCAACUUCAUCGAGAAGGUGCGCUUCCUGGAGCAGCAGAACGCCGCCCUGCGCGGGGAGCUGAGCCAGGCCCGCGGCCAGGAGCCGGCGCGCGCCGACCAGCUGUGCCAGCAGGAGCUGCGGGAGCUGCGGCGGGAGCUGGAGCUGCUGGGCCGCGAGCGCGACCGGGUGCAGGUGGAGCGCGACGCGCUGGCCGAGGACCUGGCGGCGCUCAAGCAGAGGUUAGAGGAAGAGACGCGAAAGCGGGAGGACGCCGAGCACAACCUAGUGCUCUUCCGCAAGGACGUGGACGACGCCACCCUGUCCCGCCUGGAGUUGGAGCGCAAGAUUGAGUCUUUGAUGGACGAGAUAGAAUUCCUCAAGAAGUUGCACGAGGAGGAGCUGCGGGACCUGCAGGUGAGCGUGGAGAGCCAGCAGGUGCAGCAGCAGGUGGAAAUGGAGGCGACGGUGAAGCCGGAGCUGACGGCAGCGCUGAGGGACAUCCGCGCACAAUACGAGACCAUCGCGGCCAAGAACCUGCAGGAGGCGGAGGAGUGGUACAAGUCCAAGUAUGCGGACUUAUCUGACGCCGCCAACCGGAACCACGAGGCUCUGCGCCAGGCCAAGCAGGAGAUGAACGAAUCCCGACGGCAGAUCCAGAGUCUGACGUGCGAGGUGGACGGGCUGCGUGGCACGAACGAGGCGCUGCUCCGACAGCUCCGGGAGCUGGAGGAGCAGUUCGCCCUGGAGGCGGGCGGCUACCAGGCCGGCGCCGCGCGCCUGGAGGAGGAGCUGCGGCAGCUCAAGGAGGAGAUGGCGCGGCACCUGCGCGAGUACCAGGAGCUCCUCAACGUCAAGAUGGCCCUGGACAUCGAGAUCGCCACCUACCGGAAGCUGCUGGAGGGCGAGGAGAGCCGGAUCUCCGUGCCCGUCCAUUCCUUCGCUUCCUUGAACAUUAAGACCACGGUGCCAGAAGCCGAGCCUGCCCAGGACAGCCUCAGCCGCAAGAUGGUUCUGAUCCGGACCAUUGAAACGCGGGAUGGGGAGCACGUUGUCACCGAGUCGCAGAAGGAGCAACACAGUGAGCUGGACAAGACUUCCAAUCACACCUACUGA